UCUCUACCAGAGGAAGAUCAUUUUGAGUGCUUCAACGGCAGCAACCUCAGAGCUGCAUGUUAAUCAGUUACCAUAAGUGUGUCAUAGUGUGUAUAGUGCUGGGCAGAGUUUCUGCCACUUCUAUUUUUUUUAUAUAUAUAUUUUUUUUUGUAUACUUUAUUGUGACCUGUGGGGCAGAUGAUGUACGAGUUCUGUUUGUAGUGUUUGGCUGCUGUGAGGAUAGUGUAGAGAUGGAAGAAGAUCUAGUGCCAAGCAAGGAUUCUUCUCAAGCCACUGAAGUGAAGAAGGUGCAUCCUAGAUCUGAACCCAAACGAUACAGUGAGAUCUUCAGGGAUUUUGAUAAUCUUGACUUGUCGUUAAUCACCUCAGAUGGAGAGGAUCUGCUGUCAGAAAUUGACUCCCAGUCCAUAUCUGACUCCAUCUCAGAGGAUGUAGCAGGACACACAGAGCAACACGAUGUGUCUUGUGAAGAUUCGUUUUGCACACCAGUACGUGCCGAUGCCAAUGAAGUGGAUGGAAAUCACGCAGCCCAGGAAGCAGACCUGACCCUCUGCCGCUGUGAGGAUGGAGUGGAGACGGCAUUGCAAUACGCCAAGAUGUGGUGCCGAUAUGCCAAAGACCUUCUUGCCUGGAUGGAAAAGAGAAUCAGCCUUGAACAAGAAUUUGCAAAAAAUGUAGUGAAGACAGCGGAAGCAGCAAAGGCCAAUGUGACGCAGCAGGAGAUGAUGCCUCUGCAGUACAUCUACACCAUGGCACUAGAGCAAGACAUCAAAAACAGUAUGACCUCUAAAAGGACUUCUGAACUGAUACAGAGCCGCUGUUACCAGGCCUUAGCUGCCAAGAGGAAUGAAAUCGACAAGUGGCGCAGAGAGUUUAAAGAGCAGUGGGCAAAAACUCAGCGGAGGAUGAACGAAUCAGUGACAGCCUUUAAAAAGGCCAGGCAGCAGUACUACCAGCGGUGUGAUGAGCUUGAGAAGGCAAAAGCCAUCUCUGCUAAAGUGGUGGAUGACACAACUGGAAUGAAAACACUUGAUAAGAGGAGAAAGUCCAAGGAUGAAGCCCAGACGAAGGUGUCAGAGGCAGAAGUUCUGUACAGACAGUGUGUAAAUGAUGCCAAAAGUCACCAGGGAGAGUUGGUGAAGGUCAAAGAAAGAAUUAUUUCUCACAUUCGCAAGCUCAUCUGUCAAGGAGACACGGUGCUAAAAGAGGCCACGGUCAACAUGUUCUUCUUCCAGCGCCAGCAGAUGGAGUCUGUUCCCCUAGGAUAUCACAACCUGGAAGUGACAUGCAGAUCCCUGGAGCCCGGCGAGCCCUAUCUGCUUUACAUCCUCAGCAGACGCCGCCCUGAGCAGACUCUCCAGAACUUUACCUUCCAGGAGUACAUCCCUCAUGCCAAAGGCAACAAACGAAAAACCAGCAGCACUCACAGCUCACAGCAGGAUUCUUCACUUUUGACCGAUGAUAGUCCUUACCGUCGAUCCAGUGAUGGCAGGAGAACUGGUCACAGUGACAGCGAGAGCAUGGGAGGCAGUUUGGAAUCUCUGUCCAGCCCUGCUCACGCUAAUAGAAGGCUGCCCAAAACCGGAUCCACGUUGACAGUGUGUUCAGACGACCUGGACGACCGGGAUGUGUCAGAAUCAGAGUUCAUCGAAGGCCAGCCAGUCAAAGUGCGCACAUUUUCUCGAGCUGCACUAACACACCGACUCAAGAAAAUGAAGAGCAAAAUGGUCAAAUGCAAGCAGUGUGACAAUUACAUCGUGGUCAGUGGGGUUGAGUGUGAGGAGUGUGGGCUGGCUUUGCACAGGAAGUGCAUGGAGGUGUGCCAGCUUGAGUGUGAACACGGUAAGGGGACAGUGUUCGGAGUGGAUCUCUCUCUGCUGCCACGUGACAGGCCGGACGAAGUGCCCUUUGUGGUGCAGCGCUGCACAUCUGAGAUAGAAAGCCGUGCGCUCUCUGUCCAGGGGGUGUAUCGCGUGAGUGGGUCCAAGCCACGCAUUCAGAAGAUCUGUCAGGCCUUUGAGAUGCAGAAGGAGGUGGAUCUCACUGAUCUCUCGCCGCAUGACAUUACAUCUAUCCUUAAGCAUUUCUUCAAGGAGCUCCCAGAGCCAUUACUUACCUUUGACCUGUACAACGAUUUUAUCACGGUGGGAAAGACCAUUCAGCACCUGAGUGAGAGCGAGCCAUCACCAGACACUAACGAGGUUGUGGACAUCAUUCACAACCUGCAAAAGAUACUAAAGAAACUCCCUCCAUAUUGCUACACCACUUUGCAGCAUGUUAUAUCCCACCUGCAAAAAAUUGCAGAGAACUGCGAGAACAAGAUGUCCCCUAGCAAUUUGGGUAUUGUGUUUGGGCCAACGCUAUUGCGCCCUCUAGUGUCUACAGACAUGUCCAUGAUAGCCUUGUUGGAGACCAGCUACCAGGCUUUACUUAUCGAGUUCCUCAUCACGCACCAUGACAAGGUUUUUGGCGUGAAGAAGAGACCCAGUACACCCCCUCCCCCACCACCCACUGCGCCUCUUCCAGAGACCCCUCCCAGAGCUUCCUGUCCCCAAGAUGGGGUAGUUUACGCAGCCUUGGAACAUGAAGCUUCCUCCAGAGAGCGCCCACGCUCUCUAGAAAGUCGAGCAAUCAAGAGAGACUCAAGCGAGGGUUAUAUAUCUGACAAGUCUUCAUCCAAUGAGGCAGUGGACCAGCUCAGCCCUGAAGCCAAUAAGAGAGCAGUCCUGGCUAUGAGAGGGACGUCAAAUGAUCCUCAGGUUGAGUCGGCUUGGCAACCUACCUCCGAUGGAACCCAGCCACACUAUCGCUUCACCAGACAGCCAGUGAAGUAUUAUCGGCAUCAUAAUCCUGGAACCCGAGUCUUAAACCCAAGUCAUGCUGCCAGACAGCCUGUAGCUUCAACGAGGGGCCAUACCCGGAGUGCAGACAGCAGUGGCAGCUCCUCUCCAGAGCCAGGGACACAGAGACUUUCCCAAAACUUAGAUGUCCACUAUGAAAACAGUUGCCGGCCACACCAGGUCGGCACUGCUUCAGACCAUGUAGGGGAUGUCCCAGUAAGGCCCCGUGAGGUUGUGCAGUACAUGCUGGGACUAGACUCAGCAUAUACAUCACUGGUAACAGUAACAUCAAGUACACACCGACAAUUAAACCAAGAGGAAGCAGCAGGGUACCAGCCUGACCAGAACGUAAAUAACCAACUGCAUGAUAAUCAACAAUCUGGUUCUGGACAUAGUCAUUCUGUGUGUCAGUCACCAAAGACAAUGGCUUCUGAUCACAGCCUGAUAUCACCAGCUCAAAAGAUCCUGUCUGGCCUGAAGCUGAGGCGCAGCCACUCAGGGAAGGACGAGCAGCUAUUUGUCUGAGGAAAGAGAAAACUCUCUAGAAUGUUUACUGGAAUGCACUCAUUACACUCUGUAUAAACAACAGUUAGUAUUAUCUGCACUCACGAAGUUAUCAUAAAUAAAAUGCUCAAAUAUUUAAUGCAUAAAUGUCACCAAACUGUAAAAUGUUUCAAACUAACGAAGGAAACAUGGAUAGUACAUAGUACAGGCCUGGUGCUUACUUGGAUGCCAUAGCCCUAUUACCACUUGAUCCUCUUUUAGAUUUAGAUCUAUUGACCACCCAGCUAUCUAAUACCAAGACCAGACAAGGAAAGUUCAUGUAUUAAACUGCUUGUACAUUUUAACAAAACAAACAGGUGACAGGAGAAGGCUGGGAGAUAUAAACUAGCAAUUAACCUAAGUAUUAUAGUGUUCACAAAUAUCAAAAUUAAAAUUCCUGUUUGCAAAAUGCAUUGUCAUCAGGUGUUCAAGUGUUCUAUUUGUAAUGUAAAAUAGUUUGCAUUUGUUGUGUUUUGUGUGUGUGUGUGUUUUAUAUCCUCCAGAUGUAAAGUAUUGUAGAACAGAAAAAUGUACUUUUCAAUGAUGUCACAGUUAAAACGUCGUUUUCUUAGUUUAACGUACCUUUCCUGUUUUAACACAAGAGGGCGAUCUUCUAUCAGUGUGACAAAACAUGCAGACACAAUAGUAGAAUGGCAAUAAACAGUUUAUUUGUCA